GUACUCAGAGCUCCUUGGGCGAAUCGUAAUCGCCCCAUCCCGCUCCCAGCUGGAGCCGUCCGACACUCCCGCGAUGGAGAAGUGCGACCUCACCAUCUGCCGCGACUCCACGGGCAGUGCGCAGACCGUGACGCUGAGGGCCGGCGGAGUGCUGCGCAUCGGUCGGGGUGUAGCGAACGACAUUGUUCUAGACUUCGACGGGGUGUCCGUGUACCAUGCAGAGAUCCACUUGCCCAAGGACGGCCCGCUUUGCAUCCGCGACGAGUCCCGCAACGGCACCGCGGUGCGGCCGGGGCCUCUGGCGGAGGAGAAGGAUGUGACGGCCUGGGAGCCUCUGAAGAAGGGCGCGCUGCGGAUUUUGCCCCACGGGUGGCAGAUCCUGAUGCCUUUGAACAGCCGCAAGAACACCAAGCAGCUGGUGGUCUCUGCACGGCUGCUGACGGUGUACAUGGGCACCAAGGUGCCUUCCCUGCCGUCGACAGCCACUUUGCGGGCCCAGCGCGUCUUCUCCGCGGGCCCGGCGGUGCGGCGGAACAAGAAGCCCGCGCCAGCGGUGAAGAUCGAGGAUGCAGUCGACUCGGCCAGGGGCGUGGAGGAAGAGGAGGAGCAAGAAGUUGUGGACAUCACGAAGCGAAAGAAAGACAAGAAGACGAAGCCGGCAGACGCGGGCAAGGAGAAGAAGAAGAAAAAGAAGGAGAAGAAGAGAAAGCAGGCAGAGGAUGAGGAAGCAGAGGAAGCAGCAGUGCCGAAGGGGAAGCGUGUCAAGGAGCAGAAUGAGUCUGAGGAGGCCGAAGAAACCGAGGAGCAGAGGAAAGAGCGGGAGGAGCGGGCGAGGCUCGAGCAGGAGCUGGAGGAUGAGCUGGCGGAGGAGACGCGGAAGACGCUCGCCGCGCCCGCGGAGAGCGCCGCUUUCGGCGGCAGUGCCGUGGACAGCGCGGGGAGCGCCACCUACGGCGCCGAGAGCUCCAGGUACCAUCCUCCCACAGAGGUGCCAGAAGACGAUGACGAGGCCAACGAUGAGGAGACCCAGCGGGUUUUGCAGAAGGCAAUGGCCGAGAGCGAAGCCGAGAGCCGAGAUGAUGAGGUCCAAGCGGCCUGGGGCAAAGCCUUGGGUGCUGAGAAGACCGCUGAGGCAUCCGAGGCGGAGGCGGAGGAAGCGGAGGCGGAGGAAGCCGAGGCGGAAGGCGAGGCCGAAGCGGCGGGAGAGGCUGAAGCUGACCUGGCCCCGCCUGCCGUGGUGGAAAUCCAAGGCUCAGAGAAGGCUGCUGGCACCUAUUUGCGCUGUGGACAGCACCUGGACAAGCCGGUGUACCGGCGCCUGCUGGAGGAAACCCCGGUGUUCCUGUACUUCUGGGACGGAAAUGGCGACGCCAGCUGCGUGGGGUGGUAUGUGGCUGGGGACCCCUCCAAGCCGAGUGACGAGUACCAGGACUUCUGGAACGAGUCGGUGCUGCCCGCCACCAAAGCCGGGGACGCCGGGGGCUCCAUGCGCUCCUCGGCGCAGCUGGAUGGGCCCGCGCUCGAGGCCCUGGCCGCGUUGCCGGAGGCCCUGCGCUCCAAGCUGCGUGCGCAAUUCAAUGCCGCCGCGGCGGGGGCGCCCUUGUCCCUGGAAUUGGAGGCGCCGGAGGCGGCCGAGGCCGUGGAGUCGGGCGAGGAAGCCGCCGAGGCAGAGGAAGCAGCUGAGGCUCCGGCUGACUUCGAAGCGCUUCCUACCUUUGGGGAGGAUGAGGAGCCUGAGUCGGCCAAGCUGGCGGAGGCCACCAAAGCCAUGCAGAGUGUGGCUGCCACAGACGGUACCCUGGCAGCCACGGAGCCGGCACAGGCGCCUUCAGAGCCUUUGGCCUCCGAGGAGCCUGCGGAGGACGAGGACGAUGACCGGGAGUCCCUGCCGUCGCGUUGCAGCUUCACCACCGGCCCGGGGAAGACGGUGCCCGGCGGGGACCGAGGGGAAUCCCAGGCGCCCACGCAGUUCGACAAGCCCGACUCCUCGGUAGCCUCGGGCGAGGCGCCGCCGAAGCCCGCGCCCGCCGCCGGCGCCGGCGCGGGGUCCGCGGACGCGAGUCUCACGGCGGAGGCCUUGGCGAAGCACACGGAGGCGCUGGCGAGGGCGCAGGCGGAGGCGUACGCGGCCACCUUUGCCAGUGCCAGGACCAACUACGCCAAGAGCCUGGGCCGCCCCGUCAGCGUGGCCGGUAAGAGCGUGGCCGGGCGCUCCAUCGCGGGCCUCAGCAUCGCUGGGCGCUCGGUGGCCGGGCGCUCCAUCGCUGGAAAGUCUGUGGCAGGGAAGAGCAUCGCGGCCUCCGGUGUGGCACCUUCUGAGAGGACCUUCCGCACGCACAUGACCACCCGCGAGAUGCUGGUGGGCCCCUCCCAAAUGCGCGAGAUCAUGCGCUCCGUGUCGCCCAUCUCCGAGCCAGGGGUGCACGUCAAGCGGCGCAAAGAGCGGCGGCGUAUGAUCGAUGCAAGCCCGUGCUCGGUGGAUAGCAUCGGGCAGCUGGAGAGGAAGCGAAAGAAGAAGGAGAGGAAGGCGAAGCGCGCGGUGAGUCUCCACCCGCGGAAGUCCCCGUCCCACUACGCCCCCAACGCCUCCCCCACGCCUUUCCGGCCCGGGACCUCGGUGGCGCCCUCUGUAGCUCCCUCGGCGUUCACGAAAGACCCUUCCGCACCGCCGGAAGUGGAGAAGAAGAAAAAGAAGAAGAACAAGGAGGGCAAGAAGAAAGGAGGCAAGAGGAAGGCUGAGCCCGCCGGCCCCAGCGAGUCAGCGGAGCCAGAGCCGAAACCCAAAGCAAAGAAAUCCAAAAGAAGUCGAUCUCCGAAACGGAAGAAGAAGGCCUGAAAGCGUGGCCCAGAUACGCCCAGUGGCCACUAGUUGUUUCUUUUGUUGCUCGUUG